CGGGCGCCCAUGAACACCGAGGCCCCGACAAAGCUGGCUGUGGGCAGAGUGAGGUUCUUCGGUGAACACCUCGGGGAGGUCAACUGCUCUGCCUUCUCCCCUGAUGGCCAGACCCUGCUCACAGCCUCAGAUGAUGGUUAUGUCUACGUAUGGGAGACCAAGAGCAGGCGACUGCUGUGGAGAAUGGCUGGCCAUAGAGGCCCAGUGAAGUUCUGUCGCUUCUCCCCUGAUGGCCGCCUUGUUGCCAGCUCUUCCUGUGACCGCACUAUUCGCUUAUGGGAUGUGGCAAGACUCAAGUGUCUACAUGUGCUGAAAGGUCAUCAGCGGAGUGUGGAGACAGUCAGCUUCAGCCCUGACUCAAAGCAGCUGGCAUCGGGUGGCUGGGACAGAAGGGUCAUUCUCUGGGAGGUGCAGUCUGGCAACAAUGUGCGCCUCUUGCUUGGACACCGUGAUUCAGUCCAGAGCAGCGACUUCUCCCCCACUGCAGACUCUCUGGCUACUGGUUCCUGGGAUUCAACUGUGCACAUCUGGGACCUGCGGGUGGCAACCCCAGCUGUCUCCUACCAGGAAUUGGAGGGACACACCGGCAACAUCAGCUGCUUAUGCUACUCAGCAUCUGGCCUCUUGGCAUCUGGAUCCUGGGACAAGACCAUCCGUAUUUGGAAGCCCACAACAAACAGCCUGCUUUUCCAGCUCAAGGGCCAUGCCACCUGGGUUAGAAGUCUAGCCUUUUCUCCUGAUGAAAUGAGGCUGGCCAGUGCUGGCUACUCAGAAACAGUCAAAGUCUGGGACUGCAACACAGGAGAAUGUCUGGAGACACUAAAGGGCCUGCUGGAUGUGGCCCAUGCUUGUGUUUUCACUCCCGAUGGCAAACUCUUAGUGUCGGGUGCUGCUGAUGUAACAAGUUGACAAGUCUGCCGCUCAAAGUCUCAAGAACCUCUUCCUCGAAACUUACUACAGGCCUAA